AUGAUGGAUCUUUGUAUUCGAGUUGACGCUGAGGUCUUUCCAAAAAAGAUCGGUACAUUCGGCGUUAUGGCGUUGAAUUCGCAGCAUCUACAGCAGCUCAUAUCACCCAACCGCCUCCCAGCCGUCGUGUCAGCCCUGCUCCCGAGCUUCCUAUCCCACUCCCUCUCCUCCCUCCACCGUGACAUCCACUCCCCCACCGCUUCAUCCUCCUCCCCUCACCUUGCAUCCGCCGUCGCACCGUCCACGCCCGCACCGUCACGUCCCUGCUCCUCCCCCGUGCCACCCAGCCCCUCUCCCUCGUCCCAUCCGCCUCCACACCGCUCCUCUCAUUACAGCAGCAUCUCACAUACACCUGCUAGCCAAACUUUUUCCAAUCGCCUAGGCACCACGGUAUACAGCCGAACGCCCCUUCAUCAGUCCUUUUCCAAUCUCCCUGAUAGCACAGUGUAUGGUGGGCCGAAGCCCGAAGCAGGGCGGCAGCGGGUGACGUCAUUUGAGUCGACUCAAAGGUCUUUCUCCAAUCUCCCUGAUAGCACGGUGUAUGGUGGGCCGAAGCCGGAGGCGGGGCGGCAGCGGGUGACGCUGCAGCAGGUGGGGAGCAAGUACCGGCGGGGCGAGCCUAUUGUCAUGGUCACGGCCUAUGACUACCCCUCAGCUGUGCAUGUGGACAUGGUGAGGAGCAGGCAUGUGGACAUGGUCAAGUACCGGCAUGGCGAGCCUAUUGUCAUGGUCACGGCCUACGACUACCCCUCUGCUGUGCAUGUGGACAUGGUCAAGUACCGGCAUGGCGAGCCUAUUGUCAUGGUCACGGCCUAUGACUACCCCUCAGCUGUGCAUGUGGACAUGGCGGACAUAGACAUCUGCCUGGUGGGCGACUCAGCAGCCAUGGUGGUGCAUGGGUAUGACACCACUCUACCCAUCACCCUGGACGACAUGCUGCUGCACUGCAGGGCGGUGGCACGGGGAGCCUCUCGGCCGUUGCUGGUGGGUGACCUUCCAUUCGGCACGUACGAGCAGAGCCCACAGCAGGCAGUGAACAGUGCAGUGCGGCUGCUAAAAGAAGGCAACAUGGACGCAGUGAAGAUAGAGGGGGGCAUACCCGCACGGGUGGCGGCAGCGCGGGCGGUAUCUGAGGCGGGUAUAGCUGUGAUGGGCCACGUGGGGCUCACUCCGCAGGCCAUCAGCUCACUGGGAGGCUUCCGCCCCCAGGGCAGAUCCGCUGCCAGUGCGCUCAAGGUGGUUCAGCACGCACAAGCAUUGCAGGAGGCAGGCUGCUUUGCAGUGGUUCUGGAGUGCAUGCCAGCAGUGGUAGCAGCGGCAGUCACAGCCGCUGUCGACAUUCCCACCAUCGGCAUUGGAGCAGGGCCGCUUUGCAGUGGGCAGGUGCUAGUAUACCAUGACCUUCUGGGGAUGAUUCAACAUCCACACCACGCCAAGGUAACCCCAAAGUUCUGCAAGGCAUUCGGCCAAGUGGGCGAGGCCAUUCAACAGGCGCUGAACACUUUUAGAGAGGAUGUGACCUCUCGUGCAUUCCCGUCCGCGCAUUAUUCUCCCUAUAAGAUUGAUGCCGCUCAAGUGGAGUCUUUUACUCAGUUGCUCAAGGCCCAUGGGCUGACCAGCUCAGCUGAAGCUGCAGAGGCUGCUGUAGAAAAUGCAGCAGCUGAAGCUGAUGCACUGUCUAAGAAUGUGUAG